AUGAUGGAUGCCGUCGCCUGCGGCGCCAGCGGACCCAGCGGCCAGCGCAUCACCAUCCCUUUGGACAGCACCGUCGCAGUGGAGAUGGGCGUCAUUUCAUUCCUUUACGAUCUGGCCACCGGCAGUGACACAAAGCUCGCCUUCGCGCCGCUGGCCACCCCCGAGUGCGCCGCCGCCACCGCGGCCGCGCUGGUGCGCUCCCACGCGUCGGCCGCCGCCGCCGGCGCCCUCAUCGGCUGGGGCGCCGCUUGCAACGGCCGUGUCCCCGCCGCCGUCACAUUUGCGCUGCACCGCCGCAUGCUCGUGCUCGUGGCAGUGCUGGCAGAAAUCUGCCGCGCAGCGGCGCCGGGGCGUGCCGGGAUGGAGGCGGUCGCCGCCGCUGUGCGCGUGCCGGGCGCCUGGGCGGUGCUGCUGUUCAUCGUGGACUCGGCGCCGAUGCCGGCGAUUGAUGGCGCCGGCGACGCGCUUCAGCACCUCCGCACACUGUGCCAGGUCGCCACCAAACCGCAAGCCUCUAAAAGCGCCAGCGCGGCCGCGGCGGACUGGGGGCGCGCGGUCGUUGACUGCGCGGGCCUCGCCGCCGACGUGCUGUGCGCGCGCCUGGCAGAGGGCGGGGCGCGCGCCGAUAUUGCAGUGGAGCUCGCGGCAUCCCUCACCGUCGCGAACCCCGCCCAAGCAUCGCGCGCCGCCGUCGCAGACGAGCUCGUCGCGCGCGCACCGCGCUUCUUCCCGCUGCUGCUUGCCGCCGCCCGCCCGCCGGGCGCCCCCCACAGAAUGCAGGUGCUCGUGUGGGGCGUAGCCGCCGAGUGCCUUCAGGGCGCGGUCGACGUGGCGGCCCUCUCGGCCGCCUGCGGCGGGGAGCUAGUCAGGGCCCUGCUGGCUGUUGUCGGGCGGCCGCUAGGCACCGCGGUCGCGCCGGCGCCAGUCCACGCGAUGCGGCUCCUCGCGCCGUCUCGCGCAGCGGUCUGCCUCCACGCCCUCGCCGAACACAACAUGGCCUCGCCGGCGCCGGUGCACGGCCUCAUCGCGGGCGCGCCCGGCGCGGCGGCGGGGCUGGUCGGCGGGCUGCGCGCGGGGCUGACUGUGGCAGAGGCGGAGGGCGAGGACGACCGGGCCCGCUUGAGAGCCGUGGGUUUCGUCGCGGCGGUGUUGGCCACGAUAGGGGUCGUGGGCGUGCAGCAGGUCACCCGUGCGGGCAGCAACAGCGACGGCGCCGUGGGCCGUCGCAGCAGCGACGACGGCGACGACGGCAGGAACGGCAGCGGCAGCAGCAGCAGCGGCGGCAGCUGGUGGGAGUGGCUCGAUUCGCUGGUGCGUCUUGGCGCGCUGCCGCUGGCGGCGCGGGCGCUGGACCUGGCGGGUGUAGAGCCAGACCUCCUGGCCAACAUUGCGCUCGGCGCAGGGGCACUUGUCUACAGCCAGCACCGGCCGAUGCAUCAGCAGCACGGCGGGCGGCCCACGCCGGCCGCCGCGGCGUUGAGGGCGCGGGUGUGGGGAGCGCUGGCGGCAGCGCGCUGCGACAGUGCAUUCGUGAUGAUGGUGCGGCUGGGCGACUUGCAACAGGCGUGCUGGGCGGACGCUGCGGUGACGCCUGGCUUACUUACUGCGUGCGCCGAGGCAAUUGCGGACCCUGACGGCGACACGCCCUCAAACGCACUCCUGGUCAUCUCGCGCGGCGAGGCUUGGGCGCGCUCCCGGUGGGGGGCACGCGGCAGCGAGGGCGGCGACGGGCGCAGCGGCAGCGGCAGCGGCGCCAGCGGCGCGGCCGGCGGCGACCGCUCGGGCGGGCAGGAGGCGAGCGCCGGCAAGGAUGGGGGCAGCGUUGGGGAUGGUUCGUGCGUGUUCAUGAAUGAUCCGGCCGACCACGAGGAGUUUAAUCUUGCGCUGACAGGUGUCGCGAAGAAGCGGUUGGAGGCGAUGCUGCGCAGCGCCGCACUAGGGACGGCGGCCGGCGACCCCGAGGCGGCGGUGGGGGAGGCCGAGGCGCGCGCCGCGCUGCUGUACUUGUGCGGCAGCGAAGCCUGCCUGCUGCAAGAGCUGCGGCGACAGCAGCUGCAGCGGCAGCGGCAGGAGCAACAUCGGCAGCAGCGGCAGCAGCAGCAGCAGCAGCAGCAGCAGCAACAACAGCGACAACACGAGCAGCAGCAGCAGCAGCAGCAGCAGCAGCAGCAGCAGCAGCAGCAUGAGCCUCAGCUGCAGCAGGGGCAGCAGGAGCAGAGGCAGCAGAGGCAGCAGCAGGAGCCGAGGCAGCAGCAGGAGCCGAGGCAGCAGCAGCAGCGCGAGCAGCAGCAGCAGCGUGAGCAGCAGCAGCAGCAGCAGCACAAGCCACAUGAGCAACAAGAGCAACAGGAGCAACUGGAGCAGAAGCAGCAGGAGCGGCACCCACAGAAGCAGCAACAGCAGCCGGCAAGUGCUCGCACAGCAGGUGACGCGCCAGAGCGCCGGCAACGUGCCCGCAGGAGUACAGGUUGCCAGGCAUGCACGUGCGCGGCAUGCGGCAAGGCAGAGGCCGUCGGUGGCGUGCGCCUGCACCUCUGCCGCGGCUGCCGCGCAGCGUGGUUCUGCUCUGACUCGUGCUACAAGGGCUUCUGGCCGGCCCACAAGGUGGCGUGCCGCCAGGAGCAGGCGCGGAGGGCGGCGCAGGAGGCCGCUGCGUCAUAG